UUCCAGUAAUCCGAACCCACACUGUUUCGAUCCAUUGGGAUUGGGUUUGCCAGACAGCACGGGCCCACGAUUGUAAUACAUCAAAAUCACUACGACAAUCGUUUACUCGCUGGAUUACGUGAUUCACGACAUCAUAAAGGAUUUGUGGCCACAGAUAAGGCUCUCACAGGGUGCUCUACCAACACCAUGGUGCUGCUGUAGUGGAAAGGAACACAAACAGUCACUCGCCAUGCCUCAAUUACAAUCCAGCUGCUGGCCUGUCUGGCUCAUCUGUUGUCUCCUUUCAGUGGUACAUACUCAUACUCAAAAUGACCUGACUGCACCCCAGCAGGUGAGCCUGACAUCGAACACGGACACGCAGCAAAUAUCCGUAUCCUGGCUGGGAGGCAAUGCCACAACGUUUGAUGUCAUGAUCCUCAGGACGGAACUCAAUGAAACAGUCUUCUAUGACAUGCUGCAUGUGCCUCUGAACCAGACAACUGAUCGGUACGAGUGGAAUUGGACCUCAGCAGAACCACUGCAAUGUACCUCAUUGUCUGUCCAAAUCCGCUCCAGAGAGGGCACAGCGACGAGUGAAUGGAGCAGCACGCAGAUCAUCCAAGGAAGCGAUCUUCCCACCAAUGUGGACUUCCAGUUGUACCCCCAGGAUAGAAUUGUGCCUGCAGGGGGCAGCACCACCUUCUGUUGCAUUGUGGCAGAAGGGCGGUUUUUCGGUUCGAUCCAUUACGGCGACACGGCCAUGAACGCCACGCGGCUGAGUCGGCGGAGUUACAGCAUCACUGUGACUCACCAGGCCCCAUCCAACAGAACGGGGACCAACGUCAUAUGCCAGGACAGCCUCGAAAAGAACAAACUGUCUGGAGCCGUGGUAUUUGUUGGAUAUCCUCCUCUCCUCAGUGCCUUUCAGUGCGAGACUCGAGAUUUGACCUCAGCCGUGUGCCGGUGGAAAGAAGUGAGAGACACACAACUGUAUGGAAAACGGAGAACAGUCUACUCCCUGAACAACAGGAAAUGUGCUGACGCCUCUCUGGUUGAAAAGCUGUGGAAAUGUAGUGUGGAGCAGUGGGAGGGUAACUGGACGCUGGAAGCUGUGAAUCCUCUGGGCAAGUACAGCGUGUUGGAUUCAGCUGAAAUCCGACACAGAGUACGCCCUGUGGCACCUUCAAAUCCGAGCGCUGUCAUCAAUGCAUGGAAUGCUACCUUACAGUGGAAGUGGGAAUAUGAGAGCUAUACUUCCCUGGCGCUUGUCUGCCAGGUAGAGCUCAGCACUCAUGGCAACAAAACAAAGCGCACCUUCACAGGCGUUGGUCUGAGGGCGGUGUGGCUUUUGGAGCUUCAUCCUGAUGAGGAUUACAUCGUUAAAGUCCGCUGUGGAGCGCAGCAGAAUUUCUGGAAGUGGGGAAACUGGAGCCAACCCCUUUCUAUCAAAACAAAUAUUGAUGUUCCAGAUCAGCCUGACGUGUGGAUGCACAUCAACAGUGACAACACUGGUCAGAUCAUUUGGAAGCCUCUGACAGCACGAGAAAGCCACGGCCAGAUCACGUCUUUCGAGGUGACGCUGUGGAGCCCCAACGAGAGCCUGCAGCACACUGAAAUGCUUCCUGCCGACACUUUCGUGCUCCCAAUCAACCUCACCCAAAUCAACGCCUUCACCAAUGACAACCAGGUCAUGGCAGCUGUUGUUGCCAAGAACGCUGCUGGGCAUUCACUGCCCGCAAGUGUAAUUAUACCUCUACGUGUCGCAGACAAGAGUCCUAUUGUUGAGUCUAAGGUGGUUUAUAUGGACGGAGGUUUCCCCCUGGUCUGGCAGGAUGACGCCAACUCAAGCUGUGGUUACGUCAUAGAGUGGCAUGACGGACUCUGCCAUCAAGACUGCUCCGUCGAAUGGGUCAAAUUCACAAUGGGAAACACAAAUGCCACUAUUGAGUCAGCCAACUUCCAGCCUGGUGUGAGGUACAACAUCUCCCUGUUCAGCUGCUCCUCUGAGCUGCUGCGGCGCUGGCAGGGCUACAUGCAGGAGCAGGCUCCCUCCAGAUCCGUGCCCCACCUGUCAAUCAGUCAGCAGGACUCGGAUGUUCUCUUGACAUGGGGAGCCAUGCCGGAAGUCAGCAGGAGAGGAUACAUCCUGGGCUACAAUGUUUACCUCAGCAAUGACUCCCAGCUUGUGCAAUUAGGCAAUCUAUUGGGAGAAGGAAGCAGGAAAUACACAGUUAAGGGUGUCUCCGACGGCUCCUAUAAAUUCACAGUCAAAGCCUACACCUCAGCAGGCGAGGACACAGGUGCCACCAUCUCCAUCACAGUGGAGCUGUUCGCUGAUUGGCUCAUCCUGGAAAUACUGGCAUCUGUGGGAGCUACAGCAUUGUCGCUUGCCAUUGUCACUUUACUUUGCUAUAAGAAACGAAAAUGGGUAAAGACAGCCUUUUACCCAGACAUACCUCAGCCCAAAUUGGACGACGAAUGGACCAGAACGCAAGGUCCGCUGGAUGUGAGGCCAUCGCACCACAAUCUGGUCCAUGUUGUAGAAAAGCCUGAAUUGGACUCCCUUAAAGAAGUGCUGGUCGUCAUUCCCGAAGAGGAUGAGGAUGAGGAGGAUCAGAUGAUUGGAGAUGAGAAAGUCGACACAGAUGAGCCAGCGUCAUUACGUUACUACAACCCAAUGAUUGAUGAGCGCCCCAUCAGGCCACGCUACCCAGACUCCUCAGACUCUUCUGCGUCUUCAUUGGACUCCGGGCAAACCGAUGUGACUUACACAGGGAUCCAAACUUCAGGGUCAUCUCUGGUCUUCCAGAUAGAUCAACAGGGUUCCUCUGAGGUCGAAAUGGCUGCAAGCAGAGGUGGUUACCACCCUCAGACGCAACCUGCAGCACCAAGUGACGACUUGCGCCCGGUUCCGCCGCAGUCUUUCCAAGAGCCUCAAGCUGCCUGCUCUGAAGGCUACAAACCCCAAAGCUCUUGGCAUUUGGAGUCGCCUGGAGAAGCUGAGGAGCGGGAUUGCCUGGCACCCUGUUUGGGCUCACCCACCUCAGUGGCUUCCACCCAGUUUCUCCUCCCUGACGACGAGUCAGAGGAGGACGGCGAAGCGAAACGUCCGCUCUCAAGUUCCGCACCGGGCUGGUUCACCAACCUGCUCUCCACUGCAAAACCAUGAUAUCCUCUCAUUAGAAGCUGCCAGGCCAACAGGUUGGCCUAACCCUUUUACAUUCAUUAAUAUUACCAGUGACAUAAAUCAAACUGCAAAAGGCUUCACCCAUCAGGCUAAAACGUAAUAGCUUCAUUUAAUGUAGCAGUUUCUAUUCUGACUAGAAAACAAAAAGCAAACAUGAGACUGAAGUGUGAUCCCCUAUUUCCUCAUAUAGUGGCCAAGGGUUUCAGUCAUAGUAAAUAAAAUUAAUUAAAAAAAAAUAAAAAAAAUCCCUGAGAGCAAAACAUUAGGCAUCAAAAUUGUGUGCAGUGCUGUUUAUUGUUUAAGUGGAUGACACUGGCAAUGCGAGCGGAGGCCAUUAUUUGAGGAAAUACGAUAUGUGUAUUAGCUUUGUUCAUGACUGUGGGCACUCAGCACUGACAGGAUGUUGUAUUCCACUGUUGCAGCUUUUUGUUUGUAUUUUACUUUGUUUGUUUUACUCGUGAUGUGAAUUUAAAAACACUAGAGAAUGAAAGUAAUUUUCAAAUCAAACAUUUACAAAGGUAUUUGUUGAAACACUACAAAAGAACAUCUUUUUUAUGUUUAGUAAGAGUGAAACAUGUCUGUUGUCUUUUAAGUGGCCCUCUCAUGAGAUGAUGUCCUAUGCACUUUUUGAGUCAUUAUUUUACACACAUUCAAAAGGUGAUUCAUUUUAUACUCUGGAAAUGUCUGGAUGAUGACACUGAUGAUAUAAGCUAGAACAUGAAUUCAAUGUCAUGUUCUGAACAAAGACUAUCAUACUUUUAAUUGUUUACAUUUUUCUUGUUUAAUCUGUAGAAUUGUUUAGUAAAUAUUUUACAGGCCAGUCUUUUUGUUAUUAAUUUCACAUUUAGAAUGUUACCUGCUAGUGAGAGGCUUUCCAUGCAAAUAUUGAGAAUGAACUUUGGAGUCAGUCAUAGUGUUUGUUUAAUGUAUACUUGUAAUGCUUCCAGUCAUUUGGACCAUGUCACCUUUUACAGACUGCCUUGCUUCGAAAUCAAAUGUUAGGCAUUAUGGAAAAUGACAGUAGCUCAGAACAGAUCAGCAAUGUAUGAGACACAAUGAUCCUGGUAAUAGUAUAUUGUUGUUGUUUUUAUAAAGCAUUAGUUUUUAUUUCACUUUGGAGAGCUUUGCUGUCUCCAUAUUCCUCUCGUGUUAUGAUACCGUUCCACAAAUUGUGUUAUGCUCCAAUUAUCCGUUGAUAUUCAUUUGCAUAACAUAUGAUUGGAAUUUUAUGCUAAUUUCAAAGUCAGUUUUCUCAGUGCCUCCAGCCGACAAGCUUUAAGUAAUACUACUGUGACGGGAGUGGUGGGAAGAAUAACAUGGGUGGAACUGGAUGACUUUGCUGGUCUACUUCUCAGGCAGUCCUCUUUUGACUACUGAGAAAAAUGUCGUCAUAUCGCAGUGCUAUUCUUGUUUUACAAGAAAUAUCGAUUGACUGGAUUCAAUCCAAAAGCUACAGUGGAGGGUCAAACGACUGUCCAAGCCGGUAUGAGAUCAUAUGAAACAGAGGAUAUAGUUUUGAGGAAUUAAACAUUGCUGCACAUUUUUUCCCUACUUUUAAAGCCUACAUUUUCAAGGAGGCAGGGUAUGUUACUAGAUGUUAUGCUGGUUUGUGUCAACAGAUAUAGUUUUAUACUAAACUAGAUGUGCGGUCCCUUUGCGGUCUUACACAGGACAUAUAAGUGUUUAUGCUUUAACCAACAGAUUCUGUCUUAGUCUGCUUUCCCAGCAUUGUGUCGCAUUGCCAGAUGCUGAUGUGGUCUCGAGUAAAAGCAGAAAUCUGUGCUUUUGUAGAUGACAUCAGGGUUCACUUGCUGCCUUGCACGCCUCACUCUUCCUGAUUUGUAAAUGCAUGUUUAAUACGCCAACACUACAAAAUCACGAUACCCUGUACGGCUUGAGCUCCUAUGGCUUUAAAAACUAACACUGACUAAUGCUGCGCAUGACUAAAUGUGCACCUAUAAAUGCUGCUUUAACUUUUAAGAUCUUUCAGAGAAUAUUAUUGUCAUGAUUGUCAUUUCUGAUGAUGAGGGAAAUAAGCGGAUAGGACAAGAAAUUUUGGAUUUCUUUUGAACCAAUGCUGAAUGUUAACAGUAAUAACAAAGUGAAAUGUUACUCGUAAAACCAAUAAAAAACUAAUUUGUCUG